GGCAUCGGCCACUCUGUUCGCACCACCCCUACACAGUCGCCCGUGAUCAGGCGGGGUGAAACAGCUACACAACCAAAGUGUGCGAUCCUUUCGUGUCAGUGCGACUGUGACGGCAGCAAGCAUCUGCGCCUGGUUCAAACAGGAAAGCAGGUGUCAACGCCAUGCUGGAUGGCAUGUGCGGUGGCGACAGUUCACAAGCACUAAUGCGUACUUGGCAGACAUUCGAUGCAUCCUAAACUUACCAGGGAUGUUGCGCAGUUCAGCUGACCAUAUUGCGCGGAGCGAGGAUAUUUGAUCUCCUUGAACCGAACACUGCCUAUUCUUUUCCAGAUCAUCUUGCUCAAGUCUGACAGACAAUGGUGAAGAUGAAGCCGGCCGUAUCUCCAUCAUACGAACCUCUAGGAACCAGAGACAACGACGAUGUUGCCUACAGCAUCUCCGGAGAUACACAAAGCGAGGAGGAUGUAUCUCUCUUGAAACAAGCACCCCGGCCGUCUGAACACUUCAGUAGACGACAGAAAUUGCUCCUCUGGCUCAAUGCUACUGUUUUCGCACUGUCGCUGUUUCUUUUCGUCAUUACUGUCUGCAUUUUCCGGAGCACUGGUGACGCAAACCAUCUCCUACGAAAAACCUCCGAGUACUCUCCUGUGUUCGAUCACCUUGAGAUACCCCUCAUCAGCCAGAAGAUGAAUGCAACACUGUUGGAGCCAGACCCCCUCCCCAUCUAUCGCCAACCCCCUAGCCCCGAGGUCGACGCAGCCUGGAAUCGACUGGCGAACAUCAACCCCAUUGCCAUCAGUCGCGAUGACGUGGUCAAGCUGGGCAGGGAUCCUGAGCAGGCAGCCAAAUGGCCCGAAAGCUUUGGCUUUGGGUCUGAAGCAUACAUUGGACGACUCGAUGUCUUCCACCAGAUCCAUUGUCUGGAUUGGCUGCGGCGCGAAGCAUACUUUGACCACUACUAUGGCAAGAAGUGGCCGCCGGGAACCCCGCCCUCUGACAUGCAUCAGACGCAUAUCUCCCACUGCACCUACCUGCUGCUCCAGAACCUGAUGUGCAACGCUAAUGUCGACAUCUAUACCCAUUAUUGGGCGGAUGCGCAGCUGAACGCUUUCCCCGAUUUUAGCGUGAAUCACAAAUGUCGUGAUUUUGACACCAUUUUGCGCUGGCAGGAGGAGAACUCGGUGGAUGUGGAUGAAUUUGCAGCCAUUAGAAAACCCCCCGAAGCAGAGGCUCGGGUCAUGUCGCAUCGAUUCAAGGAGCUGUUUGGUUGGUACAAGUCCAAUCCGGAUGAUGGCUCGGACAGUGGAGUUAUUGGAUAAUCAAGGCUAGUGUGUUCGAGUACUUGGAUGGUAGCAUCAUGUUGAUGAUCGGCUGCUUACCCGGGGAAGGGCUGAGAGCGGGGUUAGACUGUGGAUG